ACGUGAUUCCCGACAUUUCACGUCUCGUCACUAUUUAAUCCAUUCAUACGUUAAUUCAAAAGCUAAUGAAAAUAAUUAUAACGUUGUUUACGAAUGACUCUAUUUGUCAGAUUUGGCCGAUUGUUGAAUGUAUUAGUGAUUAGUGACCACAAACUGACCACAAUUUGUGACCAAUUUAUGGGUCAAAGACAUCAUUGAAAUACAUAAUUGAAAUUUUGGUCGUCAUUAUCAUCGAUGACAAUGAAUGCCGACUUAUGUCAACUCGACUACCAUUUGGACAAAAGUCGAGUUAUAGUUCACAUCGAUAUCGACUUCUUUGCGGUCCAACUAUUCCUCAGACAUCAGCCGCACCUGAAGGACAACCCGUGUAUUACAACACAACAGAAAACAGUGGACAACCAGAACCCGAGAAUCGUUUCAAUCAAUACAAUCGGUAAACAAUACGGUAUUACACGCGACCAUAGGCUUAGAGACGCACAAAAAUUGUGUCCAAAUGUUGUCAUAUUUGAAGAAGAAUUUAAGUACAACAAGACGUGGGACCGGAAGUGCGUCGAAGCCAGCGAUGAGAUCCUCGAUGUGAUCACACGUUAUGCAGAACUUUAUGGCAAUAUAAUUGUCGAGAGAGACUCAUCCGAUGGAUUUUUUUUGGACAUAACAGCCAUUUUGGAGAAUUGUAAUGAAUAUUACGAUCAGCAAGUAUUGGAUCAAUUAACAGAUGUCAAAGUUGAAUACGGUUCGGGCACUUAUGGUCUCUGGAAUUAUGACGACCAAAAACAUCAGGCCAUCACUUGCGCCGCUCUUUUUGUUAACGAUCUCCGCAAACAAAUACUAAAACAAACCCGAUUUCAGACAUCUAUGGGAAUCAGUUAUAACACACUUUUGGCCAAAAUUGGUUGUGAACUCAAUAAACCUAAUAAAAUAACAAUUAUAUUGUCCAGAUGUGCCAUCACUAGAAUCUUCGACAAAAUGGACAUUAAGUCAAUUCGCGGCUUUAAACAAGAAUUAGGUGAUAGAGUGCUUGCAUUGGGAGUGCGUAAAGCAAUUGAGUUAAGAAAGUAUUCAAAGAAUGGACUAAUCAAUCGUUUGGGAGAAAGUGAUGGACAGAAAGUGUGGAACAUUUGUCGCGGUAUUGAUGACAAUCCAGUGGUCGAGAAAUGGAGAAACAAUGGCGUCAAGUCUGCGAAGAGAUAUUUCAAAGGCACUAAUUUGAUCGUUGGUUUGCCAAAUCUGAUUCUUGAAAUUCUUAGUCUUUACGAUAAACUUGAAUAUGAUUUGCAACGAAACAAAAGAAUUGCAAAACAAAUCCGAUUAGAGUUUUAUCUGUCAAACGCCGAAAAACCCAAAUUAAAUGAUGUCAUUGUCUUAAGUGAUACCAAUUCAAAGUACAAUCUGACAGAACUCGUGGAUAAAAUAAAAACUAAAGCGUUAGAGAUUGUCGAUGACAUUAGUUACUAUAAAAGUCAAUUUGUUGCAAAUUGUUUCAAAGAUAUGGAAAAUGCGACACAAAAGUCGGACAAAAAGACAACUUCGGAUCCAGAGAAGCAACAAAGUGGUGAAAAUCCGUGUUUGUUUGCUCCCGAAACGUGGGACAGUAGAUAUGCAAAGUGGACUCAUUUAAAGCCCGAGUCAUCACUUGAUGAACAAUACGAGACUUUUCUUACCGAGAAUUUGAAGUUACUUUAUAUCAAUUCAGAUAAAGAUUUAAUUGAUCGCACAACUGAAACAAUGGUCCGAAGUUAUCAUCUAAACAAAGAUCGAGUGAUCGCACAUUUGGACAUCGAUUGCUUCUCAGUUCAGUUACAACAAUGGCCUAAAUAUAAGGGACUUCCGUGUGUUGUGUUAGGCAAAUGUGAAAGCGAUGUAAAGACAGAAAAGUACGGGAUUAUUUCGAUGAGUUAUGAGGCAAAGAUUAUUGGUAUCACUAAAGGCAUGUCUAAAGAUGAAGCCAUUAAUUUGUGUCCAAAUUUAAAGAUUUGCAAAAAAUCUGAAAACUUGUCGAAAGACAAAUCGAAUCAAUUGUUUGAUGCGAUCAUAAACUUCUGCAAAAAUAAAAGCGUGACAAUAGAGAAGUCAUCGGUGGACGACCUUUACAUUGAUUUGACUGAAUUAUGUACCAAAUUCUUGAGAGAUAAUUACGAUUAUGACAUCGAUUUCUUCAAGUCAUUGGAUGCCUUAGUCGAAGGCGCUAACAGACAGUACUUAUUUGGAUGUAUACCCAACACAAGUGACCGCCGUAUCACUAAAGCUGUUGUUUUUAUCACUGAUUUAUGCGAUGAAAUAACUCGUAAGACGGGUCUUAUAUGUUCAGCGGGGAUCAGUUAUAACAAGUUUUUGGCCAAAAUUGCCUGCAAACUAAACAAACCCAACAAUAUCACAGUUUUGAUUAGUAAGCCGGGAAUCGCUCGCAUCUCUCAAGAACUUCCCAUUGAAAGUGUUGAAGGAUUUGGACGAAAGUUGGGCCAAAAGAUUAAAGCAAAAUUGAAUGUCAAGACACUGAAAGAUUUGCGUAAUUUUAGGAGAAGAAGAUUAAUAAAUCAAUUUAGAGGAUCAGAAAACUUAUGGGAGAAAUCACGCGGUAUUGAUAACCGACCAGUUCUUCAUAAACCAAGCUUUAAUUUCAUUGAUUAUGUCAUCAAAUACAGAACAGGAAUGUCACCAAAAGGAAGAAAACUUAGAGAUGAUUUGGUAGUCGGAUGUCAAACAUUUACAAAUAAACUGAUCAAACGUAUGAAUAAAGAGAGAGAGAUAGCGCACACCAUAAGGCUCGAGAGCUACGAUAGUCAGGGACGGACUGAUUAUACAACUAUCCUUUUGAUGAAUCAAAUCUAUCAAUCGGAUGAUAUUCUUAACAAUAUUCGGGCAAAACUAAAGUAUUGUCUCAAUCUUUGUCAGAUCUAUGGCUUCCGUUUUUCUGCACCUGUAAUGAAAAAAGGGUCGAAUUUGACUGAUUUCAGUGAAUUAACGAAUCAAAUGCAUAGAUUGACUAUUGAAUGAAAGAAAUAAUUUAAAAUA